UUCUGAUGUGCAUGAAAAAAAAGUUGCUGAGACGAUGUGUUUUACAACAGUUCACAGUUGAAUAUACAAGCUAAACAUCUAACAUAAUGUGGAAUAAAAGGAAGAACUGUUAAGGUUGUUACUGCUGCUAUAUGUGUGCAAGUAGACUAGUUACAAGUUACAGAACCUAAGAAUUAUUUAGAGGGUAUCUAACUUCAGUAGCUGUGCACAAUGGCAUUCUUCAAGAGCUUCCAGCAAAGCAUUAGUCUUCCAUCUGUGUCCUCUAUUGUUGGCACUCUAAGCAGUGCGGUGGAUGAUAUCACAAGUGCUGUGGAAGAGGUCAGCUGCAGUGUGGCAGACUCGGUCACUGAGCAGGUGACAAGCAUGAUACAUGGUUUGCGUACAGAGGAAGGAGAAAACCAUACGGCUACAGAACAGAAUUCUUCUAGACCAAAUGAGGAAAAUGUAUCCAAAGGACCUUCUACGUAUGACUAUGGAGUUGAUUCAAAUCUACCAAAUAUGCAAACCGAUUCUUCUUCUGUAAAUUAUGACAGAUCAGAUAGGAGCUCACAUCACAGACAAGAGCAAAGACAAAACCAGUAUGAUUCAUCAGAAUAUUCCAGUAAUGUUGACCAUCAAAGGCAACGUGCAUCAGCAUUUCAGCAUCAAGAAGCUGAGGACAUGUCUUAUUUAAACUGUCAGUUUCCAUCAGAUACAUAUAAGGAUAAGAAAGGAAGGCUUAAACGGUCAAAAGAAAAUAUAGAUGAAGACAAUGAAAGUGAAAAUGGUUAUCAGCGAGGUGAUAAAUACGAAGUUGGAGGCAAAUCCAAGACCAUUCCUCAUAAAGUGUUUGAAGGCAUAUCUGAUGAUAAACACGGCAGAGUUGAAAGAUCACAAAAAAACAUUGACAGUGAAGGAACGCACAAAGUGAAACGAAGGACACAUGGAAAUAACAAAGCAGACUAUGAGUCAGAAGAAAACUCAAAUAAAGUUGAGGGAUCAAAAGAAUUGAAACAUGGCUACACAAAUAAUACACAUUCUAAUAAGCACAAUACUUUACCUCAAGAUAUCAACCACCGCAAACUCGCCCACAAAGAAAUGACUCCGGGUGAUAUUAAACAAAGGAGAGAUCCCAGUGAUAAGGAAAGAUCUCCACGCAAGGGUAAGGACAGAUCUCUCCAUAGGGGGAAAGGCAAAGAAAUAGAGGAACCAAGAGAAAAGAGCAGAUCAAAGCACGUAGGUCGAGACUUCCAUGGGUCAUCAUCAGAAAGUGAAGAUGAAGUCCUGGGUAAAUACCAAGAAGCAAUGACGCGACUGCACACCAACCGGAGUACCACAGAUAAGCAACAAAAUGACACUUGGGAAACGAGGAAGAAAUACAGUCCAUUGUCUGCUGAGUAUGAUGGUUAUAGCAGUGAGGUGUCUGCUGAUGAAGCAAACUGUAUCCAGAGAAUGAGAAGGACGCCGCCCCUGGAUGAACUGCAGCCACCUCCAUACCAAGAUGACAACGGCUCUCCUCGCCUUUCAUGCACCCCUUCCGAUAUUGGAGACAGUAAAUGUGAACUGUCCAGAUACUCUUUUAACAAAUGCCCUAGUGACGGAAGCACCGGCCAUGAAGUGGAAAGCUUUAAGAACAAGGGCUACGAAGAGGAUGUUCCGAGUGAUAGCACCGCCGUUCUAAGUGCAGAAGAUAUGUCAGCCAGAGGAUCAUCUUCACAGCUUCCUAAGUCUUUUGAUCCGGAGCCAGUAGCUAAAUACGGCACUUUGGAUGUAACUUUUGACUAUGAUUCACAAGAACAGAAACUUCUAGUUACCGUGACAGCUGUCACAGACCUGCCCACGCACAACAGGACAGGGAAUAGUAACUCGUGGCAGGUCCACCUCGUGCUGUUUCCCGUCAAGAAGCAGAGGGCAAAAACCGCCGUCCAAAAGGGGCCCUGCCCGGCCUUUACAGAAACCUUCAAAUUUAAUCACAUUGAGUCAGAAAUUAUAGCAAAUUACGCAGUGCGCUUUAGACUGUACCUCGUGCGGCGAAUGAAAAAGGAGCGCUUGGUGGGGGAGAAGAUCUUUAACCUUACAAAGCUGAAUCUACAGGGAAAGCUGUCAGUCCCGGUGGUACUGGAUCCUGCUUACAGUCUGUCCGCCUGCGAUUCCCAAAUGAGCAUGUCGGAAAUGUCUUGCUCAGAGAGCACCUCCUCCUGCCAGUCACUGGUCCACGGCUCGGUUCCCGAGAUACUUAUCGGCCUGCUUUAUAAUGCCACCACUGGAAGGCUCUCCGCUGAAGUGAUAAAAGGCAGUCACUUCAAAAACCUGUCAGCCAACAGGCCUCCCAAUACCUAUGUAAAGUUAUCGUUGCUGAGUUCCAAGGGGCAGGAAAUGUCAAAAUGUAAGACCUCUAUCCGACGAGGCCAGUCCAACCCGCUCUACAAGGAAACCUUCAUAUUCCAGGUUGCUCUUUUUCAGCUCUCCGAAGUGACUCUCAUUUUGUCUGUCUAUAAUAAACGCAGCAUGAAGCGCAAGGAAUUGAUAGGCUGGAUAUCCUUAGGUCUGAAUAGCUCAGGCGAUGAACAGCUUAAUCAUUGGUCUGAAAUGAAGGAGUCGAAAGGACAGCAAGUAUGUAGAUGGCACUCGCUGCUGGAAUCGUAAUUAGCGAUCAGAACCUCUCUUGUGACUCAAGAGGAAUCAUCUGCUCUUUGAAAGGGCUCGAUCUAAUUUAGCCACCUGCAGAAGAUCUCCAGUGGCUGAUAAUAGGUUUGGCAUACUGAGCCAGGCAGCAAACACCAAGGGAAAGGUUCACUUCUACUGUGUAUAUUACUGUGUCGGAGCUAGGAUGGAAUGGGAAAGUCUACAUCAGACCUAAAUUAUUCCCAGAACUUCCUUAGGUGCUUCUUAAUUAAUUUGGUUUUUAAACAGUUCUGAACACCAGGUCUUUCUAUGCUUCAGUGUCAGAAACACUUCUUAAAUCACAUUUUGGAUAUUGUUAGGGAGACAAUAUUUAGAUAUUUCUGUGGUUUUUUUCACUAUUUUUAUUGUUACCUUUCUGGCGCAAUGCAUUGCAAACACUUCAGAAGCACACAAUACCUAAAAAUAAAAAACAAUCCUUGAUAUGCCUUGUGACACUGGUGUAAUUUGACAGCAGCAACAUUCUGCCAAUCUAACGGGAGAAUUUAUUCAUCUGACGUCAGAAAUCCAUGUCAAAUUCCGAAAUGGUUUCUUGCCGCCAAUGACAUUAUAAUUUCAGAUAUCGAAAACAUCUUUUUUGAACAUUAGUAAGUAUUUAGCUCCAUGAUCACUACAUAUUGUGCUUAAAAUUAUACUCCACCCCUAGAAAUGCAUUUCUUUAGAUUCAGUGUGAAUGUGAAAAUACAUGCGUCUUGCCCAUGAAUAGGGCACUAAGUGUGUUCAACAGCAAUGUAUUUAUAAGGGACGGGCAUGGGGGCAGCAAGUGUUUGUCCUGGUGCCCAACCCAUAUCUUGCACGUGGCUUAAAAGUGCAAUUUCAGGAGCGCCAGGGGAUGUACGCCCUGCACUUAAUGCCAGACAAUUUUGACCCUUUUAGUGCUCCAGGCAGCUGGCAUACCCCCUUUUAUUUAGGCAGUAAAAAUAUUUAGCCCAUGGUUCCCAUCAUGCCCAAGUUUAGUUUUGAAUAGUCUUCUAUAUGCUGAAAAGUGAAACUUAGCACCUAUGCUCUUAAAUCAACCCUGAAAUUUCCUCAACGUUCAGAUAGUUCCUCAACACCUAGCAGCCCAAACAUAAUGACAAAUAGAAGAGAUGAUCCAUUAAGUAUCUGGCCUUCCAACACUUUGUCAGGCUUAAAACAGAUGUCCAACCUAGGGUAAUUACUGAGCAUAUGAGAUUGGCCUGUAACAAAACAUCCAAAGAUCGAUCGUGUGAACAGAAGACAGGGAGCCUGGAUACAUAGGACAGGAACGAUCCUCAUUAGAGGCUCAGUCUUCUUUACCCCACCCAGUUAAUUCCUGUGGUUCACUUGUGGCUGUUUAUGAGUUAAAGAGCACACAAAUGAUAAUUAGUUCCACUUCCUUCUGGGUGUCAUCAACAGGGACAGUGCUUGAUACUGAAAUUAAUUAGGAAUCUUACCAAUUAAGUGUCGCGUCUAGAUUUAUCAAGGGAAAACUUACAUUUAAUGAAAGUCUAUUCUGCUGUUUUACUUGUGGAUGGGUAUCAUGAUCCCUUGAGUACAACCAUAUGAGGCAAGUCCUAAUACAUGGCUCAGCCAAACAGAUUAUGCCAACUGCCAAGGUUAUCUACUCCUGGAAAGAGAUCUUCAAGGAGAUCUUCAGGGGAGAUACACAACAUAUUCAGUUACUGAUUAAGAAUGUAAAAAAAAUUUGGAUUUUCUCCACUAGAGUCUACACUUUGUCUUCAUGAUGUUGAUUUGUAGCCACCUCUCACUAAUGGAGUUGCACCAACAGGCAGAGGCAUGAGUAGUGCAGCUACCACAGUACUGAUCUGUUGAUGUUCUCUACCAUCCUACUUAAGCUAGACACAGAUGCCCAAACUUGGUUGGACAAUUGCUGGAUUUCCAGAAUACUGCCCAACCAUUUAAACAUCUAAGGUCAGGCCUUUGCAAUAGACUUGUCGGAUCAUUGAUGAUCAGACGUGUGAAAAUGCUGGAGAGCACAGCUCCUGUAGUUCUUAUUGUUUGGGCUGCUGACCUGAACAGAGUAACUCCUGAUCAUUUGGGCUGCAAUGUUUGGCAACUCAUAUGGAAUACCUUCAUUCGGCCUCCAAGAGGAUCAGUCAGAUAGUGUGGUGGAUUGGCGGUGCAUGGCCACUUUCAGAGAAUUUUCCAUGAAGUCUAAGGGGUCAAUUUGCUAAAAUUCAGAUUUAUGGGUUUUUUUUCAGAAAUCAUAUUUUUUCACAAAAGAUUUGUGUUUCUUUAAAAUUCUCUAAAAAAAUCAAGAUUUAUCAUGAAAUACUCUAUUCAAAACAUUGACAAGUAAAAGUCAAUGGGAGCUGCGCUGAUCUUAUUGGAACUUUUUUUUUUUAGCCAUUCAGACUUUAAGAGUAUUUCAGAUUUUGUAAUUGUCCGAAACCUUUAAUUUUUAGAGGUAUUUGUACUUUUUAUAUUGCAAUUUUUUAAUAACUUUUAUGGCAUUUGUGGUUUUAGAGAAAAUUAUUUUCAUAACGGUUUCAAAAAAGCUCCAAUACCACUAAAAUUCGACCUUUAAUAAAUUGGCCUCUAACACUUGAGUAUGGGAUGUGGCUAAAAGCAAAAUAAAUGCCAUCCAGACGGUUUAUUUGCAUGAAUCAUUUCCCUGCAGCAUGCAUAUACAGUGGCUAGAGAAUGUCUUAUAUAAUAACUGUACUAUCAAUAGGCCUACAUUUCACAUGGGGGAAAAAAAAGAAAUACCCAGUGCAGAGCAGCUUCCCAAUUCCUAAUUUAGCCUAUUAAACGUGAUAAUUAGUACAUCCCUCUCUACAAAUAAUUGUAAUCUGUUGAAUGGUGCAGAAAUGGAAGAGCUUUUCACUGACUAGAGAAUUGCUUGGGAAAUGUCACCUUGCCAGGGACUUUAAAUACGUGGUUGACAGCAGGGUGAGCCCCCACACAUGCUGGUACGAAUUAUGUAGAUAUAUGAAGUAUCAACAUCGGAGGACUAUAAGAUACAUAGCAUUUAGCAAUGUAGUGUUUCCGAAAUUGCCCCAUCAAUCCUAGAAAAUAUAAUUUUUAUAAUAAAUUUUGUUUUUGAUUAAGCACAGAGUAAGAACAAUGUUCACAGCUACUACAUAGGAAUAUGUUGGCAAUACAUAUAACUUUUUUCAGUUGUUUGGUGGUGGUGUCCAUUUCAAAGUUGACUAAGUUACUCAUAAGCAUAUCUGAUUAAUUAGGAGGUUAUUUAUUUAGAGUUAUUAUACCUUGAAUGAACUCACAGCUCGAAUGGUUUGAUUCUGUGUGUUCGAGUUGCGAAACCCUGAAAACAUGAAUUAAUUGAGUUUUCAGUGGGAAAAAACUCGAAUUGCUCAAAUUAUUUGAGUUUUCGGGCAAAACCCUC